AGGUAUCCCUACUCAGCGCCCACCUGCGUUCCCUCUAUGCUAAGCUCGAGCUCACUCCCCAGCGCCGCCUCGACCUCCCCGACCGCGUCCUCCACGCCCUCUCUAUGAGCCCACGCAAGAAGUCCAAGCCGAACCCCCAGGCCCCAGCUGCCGACCCCGAGCAAGCUGGAGCUGAACCCGAAUCGCCGCCUGCGCCAGAGCAGCAGCAGGAAGCCCCGGAAUCCAGCGGGAGUCCAGAGAUCACCCCGUCCACAGCGCCGACGAUACAAAGUUCAACUACCGCCAGCAGCACCGCGUCGAACACCACCACCACCAACGCCUCGGGCAGGCAAUCCCAAGGCAAGCCCUCGGGCCGCAAGUGGUAUGGGGCCACGGGGAGCUGGCGGUCAAAGGCUCCUCCCGUAGCCCAGAUUGCGAGGGCGAGUAUUGCCUCUGCUGCGGGGACGACGUCUGAGGUGCCUGCUGAUGCGGACAAGAAGUCACUGCCAAACACGCCUGCGAAGCUGCUCUCCAAGAGGAAGUCGAGCAAAGGGGUGCCGACCGCGUCCAUGACCAAGUUCAACGUCAACUCAACACAUUCAGUAGACAAGACAGGCGGAGUCGACUCGGGCGUCGUGGACACGGGUGGGGUGGAGACGGCAAAGGAGGAUAAGGAACCGCCAAAGGACACGGAGCCGGAUCCCCCAUUACCACCCGAGCCACCCAAGGCCGAUGCGGCGGAGAGGAAGGAGGAACCCGACGCGAAGAGACAGUCGGUCAACAUCACAGAUUGGAGGAGUUGGUGGUCGAGACCAGACGGAUACCCGGCGGAUGGGAAGGCGACAGACAAACUGAAGGCUGGAGACACGAUCGAGGCACAGACAACACCACUUCCGGGAGCCACCCCGUCUGAGGAUGCCGUCAAUCAGAACAAGAUACUGGAGGGCACUGCCAAUGAACAGGCCGCGGACCUGAAGCCUGACGACAAGCCCGAUCUGAACGGGGAUGUGAAGCCAGCCGACGAUAAAGCCGAAGCGACGACGGCUACCGGCACCGACAAAGGCACACAGAGCAGAUCGUGGUUUACAUUUUGGAGCAGUACACAGAAUGCUCAGACCAAUAACCCUCAAGAAGCGGCACCAGCACCGCCGAAGACGACGGCGACUGAAGAGGCACCAUCUGAAGCUACUCCAGACAAGGAUAUUCAGAUGUCGGAGCCUCAAGAUUCUACCCCCGCAGCCAAAGCAACACCACCAAAGUCGGCUGGGUGGGCAUUUUGGUCCCGUGCCGAGCCAAAAGGCCGUGAAGAGGAUACGAAGUCCACACACAAACAAGUCGGAGAAUUGGCCGUCGCAGAUACACCCUCUCAAUCCCGUCCCGAAGCAGCUCAGUUCAACGAGCAGGAAACGCCACAGCAGAAGGAAACUCCAAAGACCCUUCGAGGUCGUCCGAGAGGAAAAGACCUGUCCAAAGACACCAAAACAUCCGCAUCCUCCGCCUCGACUCCCUCCAAGACCACACCCUCUCACAGCCCCUCUAGGGUCUUAGCAGCAGCCGCACCGCAAUCUGCACCAAAGCAAGCCUUGAAAGCAAAACAGGAGCCUCCCAAUUUACUCCUUCCUGCUUUCAGCCAAACUUAUGGGCUUCUCCGCCAGCCCACCUACUGGCAACAAAUCCGCGAAUACUUCCUUGGAAACGAAUCUGCUACACCUCAUCUACAUAUCGCACCCUCACCUCCCCGCAUCAAGCGCGCCAUCGCCAUCGGUGUUCACGGCUACUUCCCUGCUCCCCUCCUCCAAAAGGUUCUCGGUCAACCUACUGGGACCUCGAUCCGCUUCGCCAACGCCGCGGCCGCCGCCAUCGCAGAAUGGACACAGCAGCGCGGAUACGAAUGCGAGAUUGAGAAAGUGGCGUUGGAAGGCGAAGGUUUCAUUGCCGAUCGGGUAACCACGCUCUGGAAUCUCCUACUGAACUGGACUGAGCAGAUACGGAAAGCAGAUUUCAUUCUCGUCGCAUGCCAUUCCCAGGGCGUGCCUGUUGCCAUUAUGCUGGUUGCCAAACUAAUCCAUUUUGGAUGCAUUAACGCGGCAAGAGUCGGGAUCUGUGCCAUGGCUGGUGUGAAUCUAGGUCCGUUUGGCGAAUAUAGAACACGGUAUCUCGGGGGUACAGCAGCCGAGUUGUUCGAGUUUUCGAGGCCGCAGAGCGUGGUUAGUCAGAUGUAUCUUGGUGCACUAGAUGAGGUGCUUAGAGCAGGUGUGCGAAUUGUCUACGUUGGCAGCAUCGAUGACCAACUUGUAUCGCUUGAGUCAUCGACUUUCACUCCUCUCUCACAUCCCUACAUCUACCGUGCCGUUUUCGUCGACGGUCGCAUCCACGCGCCAGACUUCCUAACCCACCUUGUCGGCUUCGCAAUGAAGCUCCGCAAUCUCGGCUUGCCCGACCAGGGUCUCAUCCGUGAGCUAUCGCCCGCACUAGCCGGCUCCCUCUACUCCGGCGAAGGACACUCCCGCAUUUACGAGGAUCCGCGUGUAUAUUCUCUUGCCGUCUCGCACGCUCUAGAGACCACAUCUCUACCCCAUCACCCCUCCUCUUCCCAACGCCCUGCGACGUCGGCCGGGCUGCCCCUAGCCACUCCUUCUACCCCUACUGCCUCGCAAAAGAGCAAGUUUGAGCCCCUCGGACGGCUGGGUAGGGAGAAGGAGGAUCCACUGGCGCUGAAGUUCAAGGACUAUGAGUCCCCAGCGGGGAAAGAACAGAACCCAUACUUUUUACCCUGGGCUAUGCGGGGUUUGUUAGAGGAAGAGUUUGUGAAGCGCGAGUUGGGAGACGAGGUACAGGAGCUACUAGAUAUGUUCGAAGAGUGGAAACCGCAGUCGAAGGCGCUGCGGGACGUGAAAUUCAGGCUCGAGGUGGUACGAAGUAGACUUUAAUAGGAAGAAUAGCGAGGGAUCACGCGUUACGAUUUCGGGCGCGCGGUAGAGGCGUUAGUUCUUUGGGGCGUUUGAGUUUCGGUGUACACUUGAGAUGGGCUCUUGAGAUGGGCUUGGAUUCCGGCUGGGGACGGUGUUGAUGGGUUUGGGCAGGCAGAUAGCACGAUACCGUAGAUACAACUUCACGCUUUUACUACUAAUAUGAAGUCAU